ACACCAUGCAAGACUACGCUCUCCAUCACAGCGAGGUGAAACAAGCACCCCAGGAAGCUCGACGGGCUCAACCUCGCCGUCCACCAUGGACAACCGAUCAUCGCCGAGUCCCCGAGCACCGCGCGGCCAACCGACAUCUCGAUCUCGAACAGCGACCAGCGGGGACAAAUACGGCGGAGUUUACCAUGAUCCAGGUCAUGCUGCAUGGCGUCUGGCUGAAUUCAGUGGUGGCGAGGGUGUGGCGGAAUACGGGGGGGAGAAUCAAUCGCAAGAUCUUCCACUAUGAAAUUGGAGGGGAGUGGUAGUAUCAUCAUCAUUAUCAUUAUCAUUAUCAUCAUACUCU